CCCCCCGGCUCCCCCGGCCUGCAACGGGCCCGGCUCCUCCCGGUUCCCCCCCCGGGCUGCCCGUCGCGGGGCCGGGCCCCAGCAGCCCCCCCGGGGCCGUUCCGCCGGCGCUGCCCGGUGUCGCUGCCCGGUGUCGCUGCCGGUCCCCGCAUCGCGGCCGGCGGGCACGGGGCGGCCGCUCCCGGUGCGCCCCCCGCAGGCCCGGCCCCGCGGCCCUCCGGGAUGAAGCUGAAGAAGCAGGUGACGGUGUGCGGCGCUGCCAUCUUCUGCGUGGCCGUCUUCUCCCUCUACCUGAUGCUGGACCGGGUGCAGCACGACCCCGCGCGCCACCAGAGCGGCGGCAACUUCCCCAGGAGCCAGAUCUCGGUGCUGCAGAACCGCAUCGAGCAGCUGGAGCAGCUGCUGGAGGAGAACCACGAGAUCAUCAGCCACAUCAAGGACUCGGUGCUGGAGCUGACGGCCCACGCCGAGGGACAGCCGGCGCCGCCCCGACACCCACCCAACAGCUCCUGGGCGCUGCCCCCUGAGAGUCGCCCCAGCUUCCUCUCCGUGUCCCCGCAGGACUGCCAGUUUGCCCUGGGGGGCAAGGGCCAGAGCCCAGACCUGCAGAUGCUGGCCGUGUACUCCCUGCUGCCCUUUGACAACCAGGAUGGCGGGGUGUGGAAGCAGGGCUUUGAUAUCACCUAUGAGCCCAAUGAGUGGGACGCUGAGCCCCUGCAGGUGUUUGUGGUGCCGCACUCCCACAAUGACCCCGGCUGGAUCAAGACAUUUGACAAGUACUACUAUGACCAGACACAGCACAUCCUCAACAGCAUGGUGCUGAAGAUGCAGGAGGACCCCCGCCGGCGCUUCAUCUGGUCUGAGAUCUCCUUCUUCUCCAAGUGGUGGGACAACAUCAGUGCCCAGAAGCGGGCUGCGGUGCGGAGGCUGGUUGGGAACGGGCAGCUGGAGAUGGUGACGGGUGGCUGGGUGAUGCCCGACGAGGCCAAUUCCCACUACUUCGCCAUGAUCGACCAGCUGAUCGAGGGGCACCAGUGGCUGGAGAAGAACAUCGGCGUGACGCCGCGGUCGGGCUGGGCCGUUGACCCCUUUGGGUACAGCUCCACCAUGCCCUACCUGCUGAAGCGCUCCAACCUGACGGGCAUGCUCAUCCAGCGCGUGCACUACGCCAUCAAGAAGCACUUUGCUGCCACGCAGAACCUGGAGUUCAUGUGGAGACAGGCGUGGGACCCAGACUCCAGCACUGACAUCUUCUGCCACAUGAUGCCCUUCUACAGCUAUGACGUGCCCCAUACCUGCGGGCCCGAUCCCAAGAUCUGCUGCCAGUUCGACUUCAAGCGCCUGCCAGGCGGCCGGAUCAACUGCCCAUGGAAGGUGCCGCCCCGCGCCAUCACCGAGGCCAACGUGGCAGAGCGAGCCCAGCUGCUGCUGGACCAGUACCGCAAGAAGUCCAAGCUGUACCGCAGCAAGGUGCUGCUGGUGCCCCUGGGGGACGAUUUCCGCUACGACAAGCCGCAGGAGUGGGACGCUCAGUUCCUCAACUACCAGCGCAUCUUUGACUUCCUCAACUCCCAGCCCCACCUCCACGUGCAGGCGCAGUUCGGGACGCUGUCCGACUACUUUGAUGCCCUCUACAAGAAGGUGGGCAUUGUGCCGGGCAUGAAGCCGCCUGGGUUCCCAGUGCUGAGUGGCGAUUUCUUCUCCUACGCGGACCGGGAGGAUCACUACUGGACGGGCUACUUCACCUCCCGGCCUUUCUACAAGAGCCUGGACCGCGUGCUGGAGACCCACCUCCGGGGGGCAGAGAUCCUGUACAGCCUGGCGCUCGCCCACGCCCGCCGUGCCGGUGCCGACAGCCGCUACCCGCUGUCCGACUACGCCCUGCUGACCAACGCCCGCCGCAACCUGGGGCUCUUCCAGCACCACGACGCCAUCACGGGCACUGCCAAGGAGGCCGUGGUGGUCGACUAUGGAGUCCGGCUGCUGCACUCCCUCUCGAGCCUCAAACGCGUCAUCAUCAACGCUGCGCACUACCUGGUGCUGGGGGACAAGGACGCCUACCGCUACGACCCUGCUGCCCCCUUUCUCAGCACGGAUGACACACGCCUCAACCAGGACUCGCUCCCAGAGAGAACAGUCAUCAAGCUGGGCGCCUCGCCACGAUUCCUGGUUGUGUUCAACCCGCUGGAGCAGGAGCGCCUGAGCGUCGUGCUGGUGCUGGUGGACACCCCGCAUGUGCGCGUGCUGUCUGAGGAGGGGCAGCCCCUGCCUGCCCAGCUCACUGCACAGUGGGGCUCCGCCACCAACGUGGUGCCCGACGUCUACCAGGUCUCCGUGCUGGCCCGCCUGCCCGCGCUGGGGCUGCGUGUGCUGCAGCUGCAGAAGUCCUUCGAUGGCCAAGCCGUGCUGAAGUCCUCUGUGCGCCUGUACCUGCACGGCCGGGACCUGCCCGUGCGCAAGCAGGAGGCUGUACCUGUGCACGUCUUCCCGACCGCUCCUGACGACUUCUGCCUGGAGAACCAGCACCUGCGGGCCUGCUUCUCGGGGCACUCAGGCCUGCUGCAGAGCCUCCGCCGAGCUGGGGAGGAGCGGGAGCAGAGGGUGAGCAGCGAGUUCCUUGUCUAUGGCACCAGGACCUCCAAGGACAAAAGUGGAGCCUAUCUCUUCCUGCCCGAUGGCGAGGCCAAGCCUUACACACCCAAGGAGCCCCCAGUUGUGCGAGUGACAGAGGGACCCUUCUUCUCAGAGGUUUCCAGCUACUACCAGCAUGUCCAGACCGUGGUGCGGCUUUACAACGUGCCAGGGGUGGAGGGCCUGUCCCUGGACGUGUCUUGCCUGGUGGACAUCCGUGACCACGUCAACAAGGAGCUGGCCUUGCGCUUCAGCACGGACAUCGAGAGCGAGGACACCUUCUUCACAGACCUCAACGGCUUCCAGAUCCAGCCCCGCAGGUACCAGCAGAAGCUGCCGCUGCAGGCCAAUUUCUACCCCAUGCCCGCCAUGGCCUACAUCCAGGACAUGCAGAGCCGCCUGACGCUGCACACAGCCCAGGCCCUGGGGGUCUCCAGCCUCAGCAGCGGCCAGCUGGAGGUGAUCCUGGACCGGCGCCUCAUGCAGGAUGACAACCGGGGCCUGGGCCAAGGGCUGAAGGACAACAAGAGGACCUGCAACCGCUUCCGCCUCCUCCUGGAGCGCCGCGCCACUGCCAACAAGGCGCAGGACGGCCGCCCGGUCAGCUUCCCCUCCCUGCUGAGCCACAUCACCUCCAUGCACCUGAACGCCGAGCCUCUGGUCCUGCCGGUGGCCCAGGAGAAGCCAGCCCCGCCGGCCCUGCGCUCCUUCAUGCCCCUUGCUGCCACCGUCCCCUGUGACUUCCACAUCCUCAACCUGCGGACGCUGCAGGCAGAGCAGGACGACUCGCUACCCUCGGCCGAGGCAGCCCUGAUCCUGCACCGCAAAGGCUUUGACUGCAGCCUGGAGGCCAGGAACCUGGGGUUUAACUGCACCACCACCCAGGGCAAGCUGGCGCUGGGCAGCCUGUUCCAGGGGCUGGAGCUGGGCUCCCUGCAGCCCACCUCGCUCACCCUGAUGUACCCGCUGGGCACGGCCUCCAACAGCACCACCAUCCGCCUGGACCCCAUGGAAAUCGCCACCUUCCGCGUCCGCCUGGGGUAGCGCGUCCUGGGGCGGGGAGGAGCAGACUGGCUGUGUGCUGCUGGAGCAGCCGCCGAGCCCCGCAGAGGCUGCGCCGGCAGGCCCGUGGCAGGCAGGAGGUGCCGGACCUGCACAGGCUGCUGCCUUCUUAAUUUAUUAGUCCUGUGUUCUCAGAUAGAUUUCGGACAGUGAGCUGCUGCGGCAGGGCUGCGCGGAGGCUGCUGGAUGCUGCCUGGUGCAGAGGGCAUGGGCUGGGCGCUGCUCUGAGCGGAGCAGGGCUGGCGGGGCAGCGGGACCGGCUGCUGUGUGCCCGCCGUGCAGCCCUGGGCAGGGGCCCUGCUGGCGCCUGGGCUCCCACGGACCCGCAGGGCAGCACGUGGGCUGGCAGCAGCCCAGCCGGGCAGGCGCUAUGGACUGGAGACUGAGCUCGCCUGGAGCUUGUAGGAAACAUGAGGCUGUUUCCAGGA